AAGCAGAAGAAGAAGAAGAAGAAAAAAACGGAAAACGAAGAAGAAGGAGAUCCGUUUUGAUUUUAUAAUCUUAAGAUUUUAAUUUAAUUCGUUAAAUAUGCGACACUGUGAACAUAAACCUUCAUAUCGGUGGUUUUAAAUGUAAUAAUUCUAAUACAUGAAGCUGUGAAACGAACUGGUUCAUGGUGGAGAGGAUGAGCGAGUUACCAUGAGGUCAACUUUAACUUUCUAACAGACACUAACAGAUGAUGUCUGCCCUGUUUUACCGGGUUUCAAAAUCUACAGCAGGUCUGAAAACGUUUCAGCUCAGGAGGUUUGGAUGUAACACCAUGAUGGCUCAGAGGUCAUCCAGACUCGGGUCUUCCUGCUCCAGGUGUCUCUCAGUCUCUGCUCGACCUGCUCCAGUGAAGAGAGUCUCCAUCGAGGGCAACAUAGCUGUUGGAAAGUCGACCUUCUCACGACUCCUGCAGUCAGCCUGUCCAGACUGGGAGGUGAUGGCAGAGCCAGUCAGUCAGUGGCAGAACAUCGAGAGCGGCACCUCCAAGGUGAGAGACGGCGCGCCCCCGCAGACGACAGUCAGCAACCUGCUGCAGAUGAUGUACCAGGACCCUCAGCGCUGGUCGUACACAUUUCAGACGUUUUCAUGCAUGAGCCGACUGAGGACGCAGCUGCAGCCUCCUCCAGCCCGCCUGCUCGGCUCAGAGGGAACGCCCGUGCAGGUGUAUGAACGCUCGGUCUACAGCGACAGAUACAUCUUCGCCCUGAACAUGUUUGAGCUCGGCUGCAUCAACGCCACAGAGUGGGCCGUCUAUCAGGACUGGCACUCCCUGCUGGUGGAGGAGUUUGGCCACCAGGUGGAGCUAGAGGGCAUCAUCUACCUCAGAGCUCCUCCACAGAAAUGUAUGGAGCGUCUGGAGCGGCGAGGGAGGGCGGAGGAGGAGGGAGUGAAGCUGGACUAUCUGGAUAAGCUGCACGUUCAACACGAGAGGUGGCUCGUUGAGAAGAGCACUGAAAUACAUUUUGAGAAGUUGAAACAGAUUCCCGUGUUACAACUCGACGCCAGUGUGGAGUUUCAGAGGGACCCAGAGGUGCGGGAACAAUUCAUAACAAAGGUGAAGAACUUCUUCAACGCUUUGUGAAGAGACGGUCAGACCUCAGACAGCACAGCUCUGUGGUGCGUUCAAUUUCACCUCGAAAGUCGGAAAUUCCCAAGAUGCCAGUUUGAUACGUCAUCAGGAACGCGCCCCCCCCCCACCUGAAGUCAGAAUUCCAACUAGGGAAACUCGGAGUGACUUCUGUAGCUCGACUGAAAAUCCAACAUGGCUGCUACGUGCAUCAACAGGAAUGUUUAAGUUCAUAUCUCUGGCGUCCGUGUUGCUUGUCCGACUUUUUUUUCACAAAUGGAACGCCGUUAACAUUCCCCGCUCCGAGAAAGAGCUUUUCUCAUAGAAAGAAGGAAACGUAAAGUUUGAAGACUUCCUCUUUCUGAUAAGGUCCAUGACCUCAGUCCAUUACUUUCUUCUUGUUGGUUCUGAUCUUCAGAUUUAAAGCUUUUUGUUGUUUACUUGUUUAUUUGUUUGUAGUUAAGAUACUCCAUCGUUGUACUGUUUAUUCCACUUGAAAUACUGAUAACUAUUCCCUCUCUAAUACGAUAAAACACCCGUCUUAGUGACUGAAAUGCAGAUGUUAAUGUGAUUUUAUAACCUCAGUUUGUUUAAUAAAGGGAAAGUAUGGAUUCAGUCAAAUUGUAUACGUUGAUUGUGAAUAAAUAAAUUGCUUUUUUGUGA